AUGUUCACCCUAAGAUUCCUCUCAUUCGAUGUCCAAUACGAGGGUCGAGAUCGCACUCCGCGACUGACCCUGAGACUCGAUUCAGAGAUUCGCCACGACUCGCCUAAGUAUCGUGAACUUAUGGUCACCAGGUGCCAUUUUCCAAGCCUCACAAUGAUCGAACUUGCUUUUGCCUUUCUGGGUCAAACUAUCAAUUCUCCGUAUUACUACGUCGUCGCCGAGGGAUGGGAUCAUGGCUGGAGUGAUGUUCCCGAUGUCUGGUGGAUCCUCCUUGAGUCCCGCAUGGUGUCUCUCUCUACCCCGGAUUAUCCUGGUGGUAGCGACGAUUAG